AACGACUGUUUCUCGACCACCAUACAUUGAUACCUCCUCUGCAGAGUUGAGGCACGAUGUCCACGCCUUUCUAAUGCAGCAACGAAUAACAGUAGGACACUAGAACAAGCGACCAAGAGGGGCAGCGAUGGGAGAUCAGAAUAUCAGUGCCGACGGCAUCAUGGUGGAUACCUUUGGGAAUGCUGGAGUGUGGAAGCUUCCUACCAAACGCCAACUCAGGCACAUGUUUGCGCAGGUCAUGAUGGGCUUCUCGUCGUUCUACGGACAACCCAAUGGGAAACGGAUGCGGCAAACGGAGAUGAAAGCCAAUCUCAACACCCAAGACGUCGCCCAAGAUACUGAGGUCAGUGACCGGAUCCCAUGCAGGAACGAAUGCGGUCACACUUCCUUUGUGACUGGAUCCCUCGCCGGAAUGAACCUGGCCACACUUCCCUUGUCCGCAACCAAGUUCAGUGAUGCCUCCAAGCCAUCCACUGCCAGGAAGCAUGAGUGUCCUCGGUCGUCGUGCAAGCCAGUCGACUAUCAGCGGUCGGCGGCUGGCAAGUCAGAAUCUUUUAAGUUAAACGCUGACGAUACCGCAAUUUUGCAGAGUCAAAUAGCGUCAGAGAUGGAGCACUUGCAAUCCGCCAUGCCACUGUCGCCGGCAGCUUCCCAGCUCUCAUAUGGACCUCCUUCAGCAGCUCGAUGGGGGAAAGGGCGCAGCUUAGUUGCAGACUGCAAAGCUGAAUCAGAUGCAAGACCUGCUGCUAGUAAGAACCCUGAUGUGCAGAGCUGCUGGGAUGUCAAGUGGAGUUUGGGAUCAGAUGCUUUGAACCUUGCUCAAUUGAAGAGGAAUACGUCUGACGGACGCUGUUCAGCUACUGAGUUUUCUCUGCCACCACAAGAUUCAUUGCUGUUUUCUCCAAGGUUGGCAGCAGAGGAAGAAGAGACCCCAAGAGUAGAAGAACCGGGCCUCCUGCGUAAGGUAUCAUCAUCAGAGAAAGCGGCAAACCGUGUACUACGGCCACUGACAGGCAUGAACUCUACCUCAUCCGCAGCUGGGACAUUCACAAUGCCACUGCUUCAUAGUUUCGAUUUCCAAGAAACAGUUCUGGAACUGAUGGACUUAGAAUGGGAGAGGACGACAAAGCCAUGGGCCCAGGGUUGGUGGACCAUUUGCCAGCCUGCCCCUCCGUUUCUUGCUUAGAACUUGAGCAAGCAUACAUUCUUUUGUGAAUCAACACCCCUUCACAGA